CUUUAGUUUAACACCCUUCAAAUCUCUCUCAUUUCCUCCACUUCCACACUAACCAAAACCCUUUAUUUACUCCUUCAAAAUCAUCACAACCAAACAUAACAACAAACCAAUUUCUUUUCUCAAAAAAAUCAUGCUUUUUAAACCUCACACAUAUAAUUCCCACUCAUUAUCUUUGUUGCUUCCCACCUCUCCCUUAUCCCCUCUCUCUCUCUCUCUCUCUCUCUCUCUCUCUAUUUCAAAACAAAUUCAUUCCCUUACACAAAACAAAUAACUACACACACAUCUCCCUCCUCUUAAAGACCAGAAAGACCCACCACACAAAUUAAACUACAAACUCACUGAUCACAACCUGUCUCAUAAGAAAAAACGAUCACCCACACAAACACAAUCAUACACAAAAACACACACACACACACACACUCAAACGCUCUCCAUGCGAUCAUGGAGGGAGGCGACGAUCUCCACCAUCAUCACCACCACCACCGUCAGAACUUCCCAUUCCAGCUCCUGGAGAAGAAAGAGGACCAAGAAGCGGCCUCAUGCUCCACCUCCUCCCCCUACCCUUCACUAGCAAUCUCCGCGGAACCCAGCACGUCCAAUUCCACCCGAUCCAACCAGCUCGCGGCGCCGUCCGAGCCUCCAAACAGCAAAAAGCCGCCGCCCAAACGCACGUCGACGAAGGACCGGCACACGAAGGUGGACGGUCGUGGCCGCCGCAUCCGAAUGCCCGCUCUCUGCGCCGCCCGCGUCUUCCAACUCACGCGCGAACUCGGUCACAAGUCCGAUGGCGAAACCAUCGAGUGGCUCCUCCAGCAGGCCGAGCCCGCCGUCAUCGCCGCCACCGGGACCGGAACCAUCCCCGCCAACUUCACCUCUCUCAACAUCUCCCUCCGCAGCUCCGGCUCCUCCAUGUCCGUCCCCUCCCAGCUCCGGUCCUCCUACUUCAACCCCAACUUCUCCCUCCAACAACGGCGCACCUUGUUCCCCGGCAUCGCCUUAUCCUCCGACAACAACCCCACCAACACCUCCACACUCCUCAAUUUCCAAUCCAACAACCUGAACACAUCCAUGCUCCAGGCGAAGCCCGAAGCCCCCUCCUCCACCUUGGAUUUGUCCGACACAAGCGCGGAGGAAUCAACCCUAGGCCGAAAAAGAAGACCAACGGAACAAGACCUCUCCUCCUCCUCGCAGCACCAAAUGGGGAGUUAUCUCCUCCAGUCGAGUGCAGGCACGAUUCCCGCGAGCCACGCCGCCAACAUAUGGAUGGUGGCCAAUUCAAACACCAAUCAAGUGAUGAGUGGCGAUCCCAUAUGGACCUUCCCCCCGGUUAACAACAGUGCCUUGUAUCGAGGCACCAUGUCUAGUGGGUUGCAUUUCAUGAACUUCCCCACGCCCAUGGCACUGUUGCCGAGUCAGCAACUGGGCUCUUCUGGGAUUGGCGCUGUCGGGGGAAGCAGUAAUAAUAACAGUAAUAACAACGGCAAUAAUAAUAUGAACGAAGGGCAUUUGAGUAUGCUUGCGGGGCUUAGUCCUUAUCGUCCGGUUAUCGGCGUUUCCGAAUCUCAGGCGAGCGGCUCGCAAUCGCAUCGUGGAGGUGCCGCCGAUGAUCGCCAUGAUACCUCCAGUCACCACUCCUAGAGGGUACCAUAUCAUAUCAUGUGAUGUGGUGUUGGUGUGAUCACCGUAAAUUCUUCUUCUUACUUGUGGUCUACUUUGAUUGAUGCUGGCGGAUGCAUGAUGGAUAGAUGGAUGUGUUUAACACACGUGAGGUUGGUUUGAUGAUCUUCGAAAUUCAGUUUUAUUUAUUCCCAAAAUUAAUUUUUUGGUGUGAUUAAUAUUUUGGAGGGGACGGAGGGAGAAAGGAGGAGGAGGAGGGUUUUUUAGGGUUUGGCAGAUGACACUAUUUAACAAUUGGGUAUUUCGCUGCCUGCUUCUUCUUUUCUUUUUUCUGGUAAAAAAAAAUGUCUUCUUUGAUUGAGUUAUUUCACUACACGAUAUCUUAUCUUUUGUUUAUUUAUUUAUUGUCCUGAAUAGGGUUUUAAUUAAUUGGUUUGUAAUGUUAUGGUUUUUAUGCUAAAGAGAAGAAAAGGAGCGAGUUGCAUUCGAUUCCAUGAGGUUUGCAAAGUUUCCCACCUAACAGGCAUUUGGGUUGUUUUGUUUUUCUCCGUCUCUCUUUCUGGGCCACAGCACAGAGGCCGUGUGGUAAAAGGGAUGAAACAGUGUUACCGCUAGAGUGAGUAAGAAAGAUGUGAAAAUGAAGCGGUAGUAUUAAAAUUUACAUUGCUUUUUGAUCAUUCUGAUUCUAAAUCUCUGCCAUGAAUCUCGAGGUUUACUGCAUCAAUGAUUAAGAUUUUUCAGAGAGAUGGGGGUAAUAGGACGGUGGGGUCAAAACCUUAUCGGUUCCAGGUGUUGGCUCAGGUGGUGGGGUCCGGCUGCUGGUUAUUGCCCAAACCAAUGUACAAUGUCACUGACAAACAGAAAGAUCCAUGGUGAGUCUUAAUGACCCUACUCAGAUAUGCCCCACCAUUCCAUCAAUCAGGACCCUUCAUUUUAUGGGCCAUGCUCCUCCUAUUCAAUGCAUGAUUGGGUCUCUCGCUGCCCACCAAAGGGAAAACGUGGAAUCUCCAGUUUCAUGCCCCCCUUCAAAACCCUUUUCAAAACUUACUCUUUUACAGUACUCUCUUCUCAAUCUUCCCCUCUUCUGCAUUUCCAACACCACAUACAUGUGUCUUUUACAACCACGUCCGCUAAAACUGUUAACAUAUCUUAAACUUCUUAACAACGUCACUUUAUAUCAUCAUCAUAUAUUUUUGCUUUUUCUUUAUAGUAUUAUUUAUUGUUGUAUGUUUUGGAAUCUAAUAAUAUCCCUCCCCUGUGUAAAAUAAUGAGGAAAUUGUAUGGUGAUGCAAUUAAAAAUUGUAGGGAAGGGGAAAGGGGGAUUAGGAUAUUCCCCCCACUAUAAACUUUGUUGUGCAGAAUGGGAUUCGAAAGCAGCUUUAUUUA